GCCGGCUUUGGCCCUGCGGCUGCUACCGUCGCCGCGGAGAAAUUGUUGGAUCUGGCAGUCUAGGAAUGAGGUGACUUCAUCAAUGCUCCUACCCCGAGUUCUUGAGACAGACCUGGACCGAUCCCCUACCUUGGGUGUGCACUCUUGGGAGAACGAGGGGCGGAGGGUCCGAAUCUCCUCUCAGCCUUUAAGCUCACCUGGUCAGAAUCCUUGGAUGAGCCUGUGGGACCGUUCCUCCUAGCCCUGUGGUUUGGAACCAGUGGCUUUGGGACUGUAAGAGGAUGGACAAAGGUAGUAUGAGGCCGGGACAGCUCCCCAAAUGCUCGGGCGCCAAGCAUCUGCUGAUUCCACUCUGUGCCUGGCACGUGUGUCUUUCGGUCCUGGCUAGGCCUUGCCACCUCCCCCUGGGCCAGCACCACCCAUGUACCUGUCGGCAGAGCCACAAUUGACUGACUUGCUGUUGAGCUGCUGCUCUUUAGCACGGCUGCAUUUUGAUGGCAGAGGGAGCAGUUAUGCCCAGAGCCCAGCGUGUCGGCAUCACCAGUCUGACCUGAGCACCAUGUGCUGCACGACAUGACACGUGGCACCGGGGGAACUGCCCAGCGUGGAAGGUCUGGGCCAGAUUCUCAGGGGCUGCUAGAUUCAUCCCUGAUGGCAUCAGGCACUGCCAGCCGCUCAGAGGAUGAGGAGUCACUGGCAGGGCAGAAGCGAGCCUCCUCCCAGGCCUUGGGCACCAUCCCUAAACGGAGAAGCUCCUCCAGGUUCAUCAAGAGGAAGAAGUUCGAUGAUGAGCUGGUGGAGAGCAGCCUGGCAAAAUCUUCUACCCGGGCAAAGGGGGCCAGUGGGGUGGAACCAGGGCGCUGUUCAGGGAGUGAACCCUCCUCCAGUGAGAAGAAGAAGGUAUCCAAAGCCCCCAGCACUCCUGUGCCACCCAGCCCAGCCCCAGCCCCUGGACUCACCAAGCGCGUGAAGAAGAGUAAACAGCCACUUCAGGUGACCAAGGAUCUGGGCCGCUGGAAGCCUGCAGAUGACCUCCUGCUCAUAAAUGCUGUGUUGCAGACCAACGACCUGACCUCCGUCCACCUGGGCGUGAAAUUCAGCUGUCGCUUCACCCUUCGGGAGGUCCAGGAGCGUUGGUAUGCCCUGCUCUACGAUCCUGUCAUCUCCAAGUUGGCCUGUCAGGCCAUGAGGCAGCUGCACCCAGAGGCUAUUGCAGCCAUCCAGAGCAAGGCCCUGUUUAGCAAGGCUGAGGAGCAGCUGCUGAGCAAAGUGGGAUCGACCAGCCAGCCCACCUUGGAGACCUUCCAGGACCUGCUGCACAGACACCCUGAUGCCUUCUACCUGGCCCGUACCGCGAAGGCCCUGCAGGCCCACUGGCAGCUCAUGAAGCAGUAUUACCUGCUGGAGGACCAGACAGUGCAGCCGCUGCCCAAAGGGGACCAAGUGCUGAACUUCUCUGAUGCAGAGGACCUGAUUGAUGACAGUAAGCUCAAGGACAUGCGAGAUGAGGUCCUGGAACAUGAGCUGAUGGUGGCUGACCGGCGCCAGAAGCGAGAGAUUCGGCAGCUGGAACAGGAACUGCAUAAGUGGCAGGUGCUAGUGGACAGCAUCACAGGCAUGAGCUCUCCGGACUUCGACAACCAGACACUGGCAGUGCUGCGGGGCCGCAUGGUGCGGUACCUGAUGCGCUCGCGUGAGAUCACCCUGGGCAGAGCAACCAAGGAUAACCAGAUUGAUGUGGACCUGUCUCUGGAGGGUCCGGCCUGGAAGAUAUCCCGGAAACAAGGUGUCAUCAAGCUGAAGAACAACGGUGAUUUCUUCAUUGCCAAUGAGGGUCGACGGCCCAUCUACAUCGAUGGACGGCCGGUGCUCUGUGGCUCCAAAUGGCGCCUCAGCAACAACUCUGUGGUGGAGAUCGCCAGCCUGCGAUUCGUCUUCCUUAUCAACCAGGACCUCAUUGCCCUCAUCCGGGCUGAGGCUGCCAAGAUCACACCACAGUGAGGAGUGGUGGCAGGACUCGUGGGCCCUCUCCGGCCUGUUUCCCCUGCCACUCCAGCCCCCUUGAGCUGGGAACUCAGGCUCCUGGAAAAACCUGGGCAGUGGGAGGCUCAGCUGCGGGCCAUUGAUUUGAGCCUUUGAGGGAGGAUAGGGCUGGCCUUUGUGAAGCCAGCAGAGGCUGAGAACCUCAGGCUUCCCUAGAUCCAGAGCCCCUCCCCAUCUUCCUCUCUCUAAAAACAACCCUACCCCCCAUUGCCACCUUCACUGCUGUGUCUCCAGCUGAUUAGGCUCAGACUCUUCUUUUAUUGUUUUUCUUUUGUAAAUAAAAAGCACCAGGUUCCAAA